AUGGCCUCCCUCAGGCGGCUUCUUGCCCUCGCGCUCAGCCUAGGCCUCGCCGGCGCCCAGUCGAUCACGCCCAUCGAAUCGCGCGGCAAGCUGCAGGUCGGCAGCCCGCUGUACUCGCUCGAUCUCGACCCGGAGCCGUACGAGGGCAGGGAAAAGCUGCAUCUCUACCCGUCCACCUCUGACCUCUACGUCCCUGACGAGCCGUUAAAGGGCCUUCGCAUCUCUGGCCGGCUGGUGACCGUGAGCCGCAGAAACGCCAACAGGCUCAAGGCCGGCGAUAUCGCGUAUCUAUCAUGCGACCCAGACGACUACUUAGAGAACAUAGACCCUAGCGAGAUGCUGGGCGUCCUGCUGGCUGCUCCGAUCCGUCCGGCGGCGAUCCUGCUGUAUACCACCCACGCCGUGCGCUGCGACUACGAAGGAGACCGUGAAGAAGACCCGGCCUCCAAAUACAAGACCAUCUUCUCACUGCGAGACCCGGAGCUGGCAAACGCCCUGCUCACUUCGACCACGCGCCAUAAUGCGACGAUCUCGACCACCGGGCCCGUUACGGCCGCCCAGUCGCUGCAGGAAGACCCCCAGCCUUCCAGGCCGCACCAGGGAGACCCGCGCAACAACGGCGUCGAAACUACUCGCAACACCGCCAUGAUCAUCCUGUACGCCGUCACGGGGAUUAUCACCCUCUUGUUCCUGGCCGUUAUCUUGACAGGUGCCAUUCGUGCGCACCGCCAUCCGGAUCGCUACGGGCCUCGCAAUGUACCCGGCCGAGCGAGGCAGAGUCGAGCAAAGGGGAUUGCCAGAGCGAUGCUGGAUACCUUGCCCAUCGUCAAGUUCGGCGAGGAUAGAGACCGGCCGAAGCAGCAUGAUGUCGAGCUCGGCGAGGAUGCUCGUCCAAAUACUACCCAGCCGGAGUCGCAGUCGCAGUCGCAGCAGCAUACAAAUGUACCCGUCGAUUCCGGCACUGCCGCGGAGACAGGUGUAGCUUCACCAGCAGCAGCGACAGCAGCAGUAGCAACGUCUGCGGAUGCACCGGUUGAGCAGCAGCAUCAAGAGCAAGCCCGUGCUGCAUCGCCAUCAGCAUCAGCAGCGGGCUCAGCAGCAUCCGAGCGAGAACCGUCCACUACCUGUCCCAUCUGCACCGACGAGUUUGUGCGUGGACAGGACGUCCGUCUCCUGCCCUGCAACCACUCUUUCCACCCAGAGUGCGUUGAUCCAUGGCUCGUAGACGUCUCUGGCACUUGUCCUCUCUGCCGAAUAAACCUCAACCCUGAAGCACAGGAACAGGAACAGCAGCAUGAUACCGUCACUGGCAUCGAAGGAGACCCUGCCAUUGACAACAGAGUCAGAGACCAGUCUCGCACAUCCGCUGAAACCGGCGGAGACGAAGCCGGCCUCCAGCAUGCUCGCAAUCUACGGUCCAGACACGCAAACGCAGACGAACGACGGCGCAACAGGCUCUCUGCUCGCUUUGUCGAGCGCUUCCGUAUACGCACCAGACAGCACGGGGAGUCUGAUACUCCCCCCGUCCCUGUCCCGAGUGCCAACCCGAGCACUUAA